CGAAACUUAGAUCGAGAGACGAUUGCAAUUGUUAUCGAAUUCAUUCAGUUCGCCCUAACAGCCCGAGAGCCCAAUUCCGGACAUUUCUUUCUUCGACACUCGCGUUAUACCCUGUGCCCAUUGUCUCCAAAAGGAGUUACCUGGGAAAUAAACGAGACCGGGAUCGACUUGCUCAAAGCAAGUCGUGGGAGCGGGAUGGAAAUCGAUUUAUAGGUUAUACAGGAGGUACAAGUUCGCAAUAGUACAGAUUUAUCGUUAUCCGAAGUGUAUGGCGCAUGGAGGGAUGUCCUCUUCUUCCUCCGUUGGCUUUGCGUUCUUCCACCUGAAAAAAAGGAAUUGGAGUUAGUGUGUUUCUUCCUAAUUGUUACUUGGAGAGGAGUAACUUGCGGACGAGUCCAUGUCUGAUCCGUCCAUGGGAUGGUGGCAGCGCAGAGUGGCUCGAAAGCCAGCGACGCUCGCCUUUAUGGGAUGGUGAGAGAGGCACAGCCAUGCCAGGACUGUCCUGGCGAUUCAGGGCGAUGGAGCCAGGAACUGGCCCUAGGGAUAAAAAGGGACGCCUAUGGAAUCCCCAGACCAGGGUUGGAUUCGGGCGAAGAUGUCGGGGAAGUCGAGAGCGUCGAAAACGAAGGAAUGGACUGCCGAACGGUGGCGCCAGCUGGCAGUUCCUUUGAGAAUGAAAGUCUCGGCUCGACUAGGACGAGCGACGACGAAGAAUCCGUCGACGGAGGCGGCUGGACCGUCGACGGGAACCCUACCUUGCCGGCCGUCCAGCAUUUCGACAAUGGCGUCGCUCUGCCGUUCCGCGAGCCCGAGAAUUUCGGCAGCGUCAACGUGAAGAAUUCAAGCAACGUUCAUGUCGGGAGCAAAACCUUUUACAAGGGUCCCGUCACGAUAAAGCAGUUCGUCUACACGAAUCAGGCGGGCCCGGAAGAGGGUGCCAUUAAUUACGGUCUUCCAGGGUCCCCAGAAACGAUCAUCGACGUCAAGAGCGCCGCCAACGGCGGCCCUCGGAAACUCCAGGCCUCUCACUGCAACUACGAGAAAGUUGUGCAGUGGCUCUGGUCGUGGCGCUGCGCGAUUUCAGCCUGCAGUUUAGCAAUGUUGUUCAUCACAGCAAUGACAGUGACUUUUGUCAUUUUGACACAAUAUGCAAAAGCAGCAGAGCCCACAUUUCCGCAAAUACCCGACUCGGCAUUAGGCAACGGGGUCGUGCCACAAGGGGUGCGGUUUGUGGAGCGUGACGAGUGGGGUGCUCAGCCACCUGUGGAGCACCUGGAAAAAUUGAAACUACCUGUAGAGUACGUAGUGAUAAGUCAUACCGCUACCGACUUCUGCAGUACCCAGUCGCAGUGCACAUAUCGAGUGCGGAUGGCGCAAACCUUUCACAUAGAAGCAAAAAAUUGGUCGGACAUAGGGUACAACUUCCUCGUCGGUGGCGACGGUCUGGCGUACGUUGGCCGAAGUUGGAACUACGUGGGGGCCCACGCGUUUGGGUACAACUUCAAGAGCAUAGGGAUUUCCUUCAUAGGGACUUUCAUAGACGUUUUGCCGCCGAAGAAGCAGAUAUAUGCGGCGCAGAAGAUCAUCGAGAUCGGCGUUGAUGGUGGGAAAAUCGCAAAGGACUACAAGCUGAUCGGACAUUGCCAAGCUCAGCCUACGGUUAGCCCUGGGAACGCGUUGUAUGCUCACAUCAAGACCUGGCCACAUUGGUGUCCUGAUCCUGUACCAACUUAAGAAAGAUUUGGUUGUUCUUGAUAAAGCGACAUCUGUGAGGGAAAUUAUGUAUUAACGCGUUGUAUACUCACAUGAAGACCUGACUACGGUGGUGUCCUGAUGUUGUACCAACUUAAGAAAAAUUGGGUUGUUCUUGAUAAAGCGACAUCUGUGAGGGAAAUUAUGUAUUAACGCGUUGUAUACUCACAUGAAGACCUGACUACGGUGGUGUCCUGAUGUUGUACCAACUUAAGAAAGAUUGGGUUGUUCUUGAUAAAGCGACAUCUGUGAGGGAAAUCAUUUGUUAACGCGUUGUAUACUCGCAUCAAGACAUGACUGCAUUGAUGCCUUAAUGUUUUACCAACCUGAAAAAUAUGUUGUUCUUCAUUAAGGCGAUAUGAAAGUGGCGUCAAAGAGGUGCCUUAAUCCUGUACCAACCUAAAAAAGAUGUACUUCAUUAAGGCGAUAUGAAAGUGGCGUGAAGAAAAGUAAAUGAAACUUUUCUCCAAACUGCAUGAACUGCAAAUAAAGUUUAACGAAAUAAGUGUAAUAUACAAUAACAAGUUACAUUAUACAUGCACAUGUCAGUUUAAUAUUUAACCCCGAAGAUCCUCGACAGGGGAAAUAAAUUCCCCCAGAUUUACUAA